UGUACAAAUGCUAUCUGAGGUAGGGUCAUGAGUACACGCCUAUGGUGUUGUUGCUGAAUCUCCCCCCGCAAGUCGAAGCGUGAAGAUCUACGAUAACUCGGACCAAGCAACCUGCGGAGUGAAGACGCUGCGAGAAUGUGUAGACUUGAGUGUACCAUUGUCAGCCAUAGCUUCAGCAUGAACAAAGCUGUAUAGCCAAUCAUUGCUGUUUUAUGUCUGUAUAUUACCAGCUUGUUUUGGUCACCAAAAGGAGUGAAGGCUUGCAGACGACAUCAUGGCGGUACGACUGGAAGGGUACGAGCGGAGGGAACAGGGACAGGUGUUGGAGAGAGAGCGCCCGAGUCUGAAGGAACUGCAGCAUCUUGACGGUUUCUCGUGGAACGACCGCAUCGCCGCCUCAAAUCGCUUGGACCUGACGCCCGAUUCCCCCGAAGAGCCCCUGAACUCGGGCCGCGUGCGGCCUACACGAGCUCUCGGGCUGGUUGUUGCAGGCACUCCAGACAGCGAAGACGACGCGAGGUGGACCAAACCGUCCAUCGUGCACUCUCACUACGUCGAGACCCCCGAAGAGCACGUCGACUGGCCGGCGGAAACACCCGACAACGAGCGAAGCUGGUCCGAGCAGGAGCAGAACUUUCAAAGGACGCCCGAUCAGAAACGAAUGUGGGCAGAAACGCCCGACGACGAGCGAGCCUUCGACGAAGCCGCCUUCCUUCGGGAAGAGUACAUAUCCAAAGCCGUAUCCCCCGACGACAGAAGGUCUCCGAAAGUCUUAUUGAACGGUAAGGUCAUACGAUCCGCGCGAAAUUCGAACAGAAACGGCUCCUCGUCGGACGAAGACGUAGAAAACCCAUCGUCUUCGUCAUGGAGUUGGAGAAGGAGACGUUUUCUGAGCGUGGAAGAUGCCAUCUCAUCCGAGGGGGACAGAACACCCGACUCACCCUCUGAUGAAGACUUGUUCCUACCCAGGAGGCGACAUGUGUCCAACAGUGUCUUGUCCAGAUCUCCCGGCGCUCUGGAGGCGGGGUUAGAGGAUGAGUACACCACCAGGAGCAUCGAGAAGGGCUCCCACAGGAGAAAGCGGGGCACGGGAAGGAAGGACAGCGUCGGGACGGAGCGACGAGACCCCGUCAGUCUGGGAGAAGACCUGGGAACACAGGGGGAGGACCAGGCAACAUCUGUUGAGGAAGAAAGGACGCCAGAGGAAGAGAUCACGCUGGAUGGAAAUGACACCCAGAGACGUGACCAGAUUCUGGAUGUUCUGCGGAACCACGGGUUCGAGGCGGAGUCCAAGCUCGUGGAUAUCAAUGUCGGCACGAAGCGAUGGUCCGUGAAUAACUACAUCUCCAUGCCGGCGGAGUACCACGUGUGUUUCCGGGAGUGGGUCAACUUUCACUGCACCAGCGGCGCGGAGAUGGAGGAGGUCCUGACCUGCCCCAUGAACAGGAACCCAGCACACGCAGCAGAGAAGAACGCCUUCACUGUGCCGUCGACCAGCAGUGACGAGGAGGAGGCGGUGGCCGGAGACAAACACAUCACAAGUGCCAUUGACCUGCUGAAGAGCCGGGCCACUGUCGCCGAGUUCCUACAUACUAACACAGACAAGGAUAUGUACUACUCCUUCUGCCAUGGCCGCCUGACCUCGUCAGAUGAGUUGAGCCACUGUAUAGGGUGCCACUGGUGUUUGGAUAGGAAUUAUGUCCACUGCAAUCGCUGUGAUAGCUGUGUGUAUGGCCAUAGGGUGUCCAGAUGUGAGCACUGCCAUGGGUCCCAGUCUGAGGACUGAACCAGCCGGCUCCUGUCCACAGGUUUGACAUGAAGAUACAUCUGUGUCCCUCAAGACUGCCCCUCUGAUCUUCAGUUGUGAAGAGUGGCACUUGGCGUUCGUUUGAGCAGAAAAUGAAUUCUUCAAAGUAAGGCCAGCGUCUACAACGUAUCAGAUCUAUGUGCAACAAA